UCCAUUUUUCCAUAUAAUUGUAGAGAACGCAAGAAAUCACCGGUAUCCAAGAGGUUAAUAAUGGUAAACAUUAGUAUCAACAAACUACUUUGAAAUAUGCAAAAAAAAAUAAUGUAGAAUCAAAAAAAAAUUAGGUGAUAAAAUUUUUCGUCCUAUAAAUAAUUAUCAAGAAUUAUAUGGAAAAAAAGAUACUGUAAAGGAAAGUGCAAGCAGUGGUCUUGUUUGCAAUAAAGGUCGAAUACGGGCACCAGCUCAUCUUCAUGCAUCGGUUCGUGAUAAUAAUCAACCUAAGAUUCGUACGUUUUAUAAGAGUAAAGGUUAUUGUGGUUUUGGCGAUAGUUGUAAAUUUUUACAUGAUAGUUCUGAUAAUAAAUAUGAAUGGCAACAUAAACAAGAAUGGAAUGUACAGUCUUUAGCAUCUGAAAUGAGAUUUGACACAAUUCAGCCAGAUAUUCCGAUUGGGUGCAUGUUUGAUGGUCUCCAUCCUUCAGCACGAGGUGUCGCAAUGAUGGAAAAAACAAUUUCCAAUUAUUUAAAAACAAAAAAAAUGUUAUACUCUUCUUCGUUUUCACAACUUUCUUCUGUCUCUGAAAUUAUUGUUUCCUCUCCGGCUUUGAUGUCGAUUAAUUUUUAA